AUGGCGAGCGGCAAUAUCCAUCACAAUGCCUCUCGGCAAUUUUACAAACCCACUGCGACGAGAACUCCCAUUCUCGUCUUCCUUUUACUCUUCACUCUAGUUUUGAUUGCCCUCGCCGAACUUGGCUCCCGAUAUAUCCCAGCACAUUCAGGACUUGGAGAGCUAGGGGACUCAGUCAACGAGGCGGUUUCGAAGCCCAAGCACUGGAGGGCCCUGGUGGAACGGCAAAAUGCUAAUAAUUCAACUCGGGAAUUAGAAUCACCGCAGGCAACACCUUUCUCGAACCCUCCUAACGUACCACCUUCGACCGUCAGCUCGACAGGGCGACCGCAGGGGGGGUUCUUAUCUGUUACUAGUCCUCCCGGUGCGUCUCCGAGUGUGGGCCAGGAAAGCAGCCCAGGGACGCCACAAAGCAACAGUAUAACUGGCGUUGUACCUGAUGGGUUCUUGAAUGUAGGUACCCCGCCUGUGACAACGCCCGAACCCACUGCAACCGGAGGCAAUCUGACCCCUGGCAAUGGGCAAACCCCCCCGAAUCCGACUCCUCCUACCGUGGUGGUGGUUGCCAAUGGCCAAGCAUCUACUCUACCUUCAGGCGGCAUAGCGACUGAUACAAAUGGGUCCCCGCUUCCGAUAUUGACCAGUGUGGGCGGCCAGACAUUCGCCGUGACCCCAGUCUUAACAGUUGUUGAUGGCAAGACGUAUACCCCAACCCCAUAUAUUACGGAGAUAGAUGGGAAAAUCUACACACAAACGCCGCCCCCUGAAAGCUUUACCGCAUCGCGUCCUUUAAAUGGAGUGGCCACUGCUGCUCGUCCGACUUCAACCAUUGUCAAUUCAACGGGAACAUAUUUGGUGUCCAACGAAACGGCGGUUAGAGCACCUCAGAUCACGUUGCAACAAUACAUAUACGUCUCAUUUCUUCCCUUGAUAUUAGCCGUCAUCUACACCAUGCCAUGGCGAAUCCUUGAUGGCACAAUACGGGAAAUCGAGCCAUAUUAUCAACUUCACAAUAAACGGGGCGGAGCCCUGGGGAGGGAUUCCCUGUUUCUCGAUUACAAUACGUCGCUUACCAUUACCAUGCCAUUCAGAUCGAUAUAUCGAGGCCAUGUCAUCCCUUUCUGGUCCUCACUCAUCUCACUAGCUGUGGUAAUCCUUGCUCCUCUUUCCUCCGAGGCCUUUUUCGUUAGCGUAACGGGUAAUUGCGGGGCGAAUUUAGAAGGUGGAUGCUACGCAGCUUGGGGUACCUAUCCAGUCCUUGUGAGAAUAGUGCAAGGUAUUCUCGCUUUUAUAGCAGUACUACUUUCCCUGCUCAUAAUCUUCAACUACCGGCGGACAUCAGGCGUAUAUGCUGAGCCACUGAGCAUCGUCGGACUUGCUGUCCUGCUGUAUAAAUCGCCACUUUUGAGGGACUUGCGAAACAUUGAUAGUAUGGCUAGUGAGAAAGAUCUGAAGGCCGCUUUAGAGCGAAAGCGGUUUGCUCUUUCGGAUUUCUCUGCAGAUGAUACUACACGCUGUUACGGCAUUGUUUCUGUGGAUCCUGACUCUGAGAUUGAUCUUGCGUCGAGUGGGAACGUAACGGGAAAGAUGGGAGUAUACAGCGAGGUGCAGCAAACCUCAGACCAGUUUGACCGACUCAACAAUGAACCAGCACUAGCUACUGCGCUAAGCAAUGUUCACCGGAAGAAAGCAAAAUCCAGAUUCUGGAAAGUAGUAGCGCAAAAAGGCUUCUAUUUCGUCUCGUUUCUCUUGUUCGGAGGCCUGCUCGCCCUCAUCAGCUAUUAUCACUGGACAGGCCCGGAUCCAAUCACGGGGCUGUCAUCUGGAUUUGAGAAAUUUAUGGAUUCUGAGGGCUUUGGUGUCCGAUUCAUGAUGACUUCAUUGGGUGUUGUGGUGAAGAUCGUAUGGUCUUACAUCGAUGCUGACCUCCGCCGCACAGCGCCAUACUCAUCUCUUCUACGCGGUUCCGCCACCCCGCAAGACUCAAUUCUAGUUCCCUUCCACGCCUCCCCUGUGUCGGCCAUCAUCCCCUCCAUCUCCCGAUCCCACUACCUCGUCGCCUUUGUUGCGAUGCUUGCUGUUCUCGCCGAAUUUCUCCCCAUAUUCCUCGCCAACAUUGCCUUCUCCCCCGCCAUGACUAAAACUGCUUACACAGUGUGUAAUUAUCUUUCUAUGGCGACCCUAAUCUUGAUGGUUAUAGCUGUUCUGAUACUACUCUUUUGGAGGGGCGACAAGGGACUGGCGUGGUUGCCGAGAAGUCCCGGGACGAGCAUCGGGAGUGUGGCCCUUUAUUUAGCUGCGUCAACUGAGGCGCAUGGUGGGCAGUUGGGCUUGUUGGGUUCUCUUGCGGGGAUGUCGGUUGUGAAGAGGGCGGAGAGAGACACCACUAUCACAAGCCUUGGGAGUCUCUAUUCAUUAGGCAUUGUUGACGGUGGUAAUGAGUAUGAUGUAUUGAGCCAUGAAAUAGGGGCCAUCAAUAGCCACGAGGAGCUGAGGAUUGAUGAUGAUAGGAGGGUUAAGAGGCUAUUAUGUGAAUGA